UUAUACGUGGUUCGUGGUCCAAUUUAGAUUUAAUUUUAAAUGUUUUCUAGCCUUAAAAUGCAUGCAAAGCUAAGCGAGAUGGAGUCGCGCAUUGUGGCGCGACUGAACGCAGAGAUCGGCAAGGACCAGAUGCACCGGGCCAAACACGUAGCCAGUCACUACAGGGAGAGGCUCCAAGCCUUGUAUCAGACACUCGACUACGAAGAUGCCCAGAAUGUUUCCUGCUACAAAUCUGCCUUCCAGUGCCAGCAACAGGUCUGUGAGAGCCUCGAUUUUGAAAUGGAGAAGAUAGCGCAGUUCGGUGAGAAGCUGAAGAUGAAACUGAAGGAGUGCCAACCGGCACUGGACGGAGUUGCUAAGGAUCUCGAACAAGUUCGGCAGCUGCAGCGUAUAACACAGUACUUGCGCUUGGUUCAGGAUAUCCAGGAAAUCAGCGCUGCCUUGGGCAAUGCCAUCAAUGGCAAGGACGAAGCCAAAUUGGUCAAUAUCUACCUAACACUGUACGAGGGAAACGACUGCGAACACAGUGUGGUGGGGCGUCUCCAUGCCGUGCAAGCGUCAUCACUGAAGUCCUUUGCCGAACGCACUGCCAUCUACUGGCACAAGCAGCUGAUGAAGCGCCUGUCCAUCGAAUUCGAGGCUGUGCUGAAGAGUAUGCGCUGGGCGCACUUGGAACAGCAGGCCCUCAACUACUCGCCAACACGGGACACUAUUAAGGCCCAAUUGCUGGCCGAAUACAUGUUCCUUAUCAAAUCUCCAGCGGAAGAACAUGCGCCUCUCGUAAGCAUCACUCCCAGCAUUGUGUGUCCGCCCAUCAACCAGGUGGUGCAGCUUUUGCUGGCUCCGUACCGCCAGCGCUUCACAUUUCACUUCACGGGCACCCGGCAAACGAACCGGCUGGACAAGCCCGAGUGGUUUUACACACAGAUCCUCAACUGGGGCAAGGAGACACAUUUCUUCGUGGGCGAAACAUUCCAGCCAUCGGCAAUGAAGGCGGGCAAGCUGGACUAUAAUCUCAGGCUGGAGUUCAUGCGAGGACUGGUGCAGUUAGUCAUUGAGAAGCUGGCCGUGGACAUUGAACAGAUUGCCCAGGACGAGAUUCUCUUCGCCCAUCUAAUCGACGAGACCCUGGCCUUUGAGUCUGAGCUGCGCGAGACGUUCGGCUAUCCGGCAAGCUUCCCCAGCGCCAUUUCCGUAAUCACACAGCCGAUGUAUUUGCUGCGGUGGAUUUCCCUAGAAGAGCGAUUCUGCGCGGAAAAAAUGGAUUACAUACUGCAGGCGGAGGCGCCGUUCCUGCUAAUUGACCCCAACACAUUCGAGGACGAUUUGAAGAUACCACGCUGUGCGGAUCAGUUUAUGCGACUGCUGGACGCCAUUAAAGAUCGGUACUAUGGCUUGGUUCAGCCGGGCCACCAAUUGCAGUUCCUGCAGUUGCAGCUGGAGCUAAUCGAUAGCUUCCGCAGACGCCUGGUGCAGCUACACAGCAGUGGAGCCGUGCGUAGUAUUCCCGUGCUGAACGCCAUCAACUACCUGAUGAUGGUGCUGCGCGAGUGGGGCGAGAACGUGCACUAUCUACAUCUGCAUUCGGCGCUCGCCGGCCCCAAUGCGUCCGAGAUCAAUUCUGUGUUUGAGCAUGCUGUCACCGAACUGGAACACUGGGCCAGGCAGCUAACGAGAGAUCUAGCCACAAAGGCCACCAACGAGAUGAAGGCAAAGUCGAUGAGCUACCGAAGGGAUGUGUGGCCAACAAUGCCGGAGCAGAAUAGCCGGGAGCCGUUCAUCCUGUCGCCCAGCGGCGGCGAAAUGUUUCAGGUGCUGGUCACCCUGCUACACAAUCUGGAGAGCGAACUCUCUGCCAAUCUGUUCAACCAAACGCUGCGCUUGAUGGCUCAUCAAAUCGAUGACUUCAUGAUCGACAGCAUGGUCAUGAACACGAAGUUUUCGCCUGCGGGAGCAGCGCAAUUCAAUUACGACAUGACGCGCAACUUAUUCGCACUCUUUGGCCAGUAUACUCGUCGACCGGAGCUGCUCUUUAAGCGAAUACACGAUGCCAGCAAGCUGUUGACGGCUGCUCGUGGUACGGCUUUGUUGCUGCUGGAAACGCUACGCAGUAGCCAGUCGGCGGAGGAGAAAAUGAAUCCACUACGGGAACUGAAGGUGCUCAGUUUGGACAGCAGACAGUGCAUUGAGGUUUUAGAACGGCGAACGGACAUUAAAAUGUUUUAAAACAAUGGAGAAAACUGCAGCGUAGAUUAUUGUUUUUCUUUAGGAGUUUUAAAAUUUUGUAUAUUUAUACGCAAGAGCUUUUGCUAUAAUUAACAAUUGACACUGAGGUUAUGGCGGAAAUAAACCUGUAAAUAUGAGUUUUUCCUCCCUUAAAUCAAAUGCCAACAUAUCACUCUUUUAAUUAAUAUUAGUUAUUCUAUGUGGAAGUAUUGUGUUAAACUGUAUUUUACAUAAUUUUUAUUUGCAAGUAAGGCUUGUUUAUAAACAUAGUAAUCAAGACGGAUUAAUUAACUAAUUUCAAUUACACCAGGACAUAGUUUUGUACUCGUGUAAAUGCUAGUAACUGCCACGAAUGAGAGAUAUAUGUUCGAGUAACACAUACUAUAUACAUAUACAAUUAAAUCCCGAAUUUCCGCCCUGGGCGUUCAAGUCUUGAAUGAGUUCUGGUUGUGUUUCGUAGGAUUAUGGAUGUUUAGUUUAAUUUGUAAAACGUUGACACGAAAAUAUGCAUUAACUGUUGUAAUAAUAAUAAAUUGAUCUAAAAAUA